GAAAGCAGCAUGAGACCCACUAGAGACAAGGUCAAGUUGUCUGUUGGUUCAACACGCGGAGAAUUGUCAGCGGCGCUUAGCUAAACUUCGAAAGGUGUAACGUUAUGCCGUCAUGAGAAUGAUGUGGUUUGUAACCGAAAAAUACUAGACGAUUGAUUAUUCUAUUUCCUUUUUAUUGUGCCAUUUGCUCCAUUGAUUACAAUCCGUUACAAAACGUCGCAAGUUGAGCAGCGAGUGAUUGCUUUCACGUGGGGGGGACUGGUGGGGGUGGGAUUGGAUUGUCAGGGCGGUCCGGAUGAGUUCGGUACAGUGUCUGGUGCAGCAGAAGGAGGUCAAGUCGGGAUCGGACGAACGUGAGCAAGGGGAGAUAAUAUCGAAAGAUCAAGGCGGAAUGGUAACCACAAAGGGAGCAGGCCUGAACCCCAAUGCCAAAGUCUGGCAGGAGAUCUCUGCGCCCCAGAUCCAAGUCCCAGAUGAGGGCGUAGAGGGCCCCUACUUGCUCCAGAUGACCCCUAACUCUGCUGAUGUCACUGAGGGUUACUCAGAGGUCCCUCCUACUGGGGCUAAGGGGUAUGGCACGGGGUAUUUAGACCCCUCCUCGGACAGCAGUGCCCCUGCACCCACAGAGGGUGUAGUGAACGGCAUGGACCCCCCUGAGCUGGGGUACCCCCUCUAUGACACUGUGACUGGGUCAGCAGUGGAGGAAAAGCAGCCCCUCUCAGAGGUGAGCAUGAGAGAGUCUCUGAAGAAACAGCUGGAGUUCUGCUUCUCCAGAGAGAAUCUGUCCAAGGACUUGUACCUGAUGUCCCAGAUGGACAGUGACCAGUUUGUCCCCAUCUGGACCAUCGCCAGCAUGGAGGGUGUGAAGGUCCUCACCACUGACAUGGACCUGAUUUUGGAGGUGCUACGAGCCUCGCCCAUGGUACAAGUUGACGAAAGUGGGAAAAGGGUUCGGCCCAACCACAAGCGCUGCAUCAUCAUUCUGAGGGAGGUGCCCGAGACCACACCGGUGGAGGAAGUGGAGACCCUCUUUAAGAAUGAAAACUGCCCCGAAGUGCUUAGUGUUGAAUUUGCGGCCAACAACAACUGGUACAUCACUUUCCGGUCGGACACUGAUGCACAGCAGGCCCACAGAUAUCUAAGGGAAGAAGUGAAAACAUUUCAGGGAAAACCCAUCAUGGCUCGUAUCAAGGCCAUCAACACAUUCUUUGCAAAGAAUGGCUACCGUAGCGCACUGGACUCCAGUGUGUACAGCCAGCAGGGCCAGUCUCAGUCCCAGUACACUUCUACACACCUCUACAUGCAGCAGGUGUUCAGCCCCCAGCAGCAGUACCCUCUCUACCCCCUGGUGCCCCCCACCUGGAACCCAUCGCCUGCCCCUUAUUUUGAGACCCCACUGGCCCCGUUCCCCAACAGUGGCUUUGUGAAUGGCUUCAGCACCCCUGGAAACUACAAGACUGGCACCAGUCCCCUGGGCCUCGGACGAUCGCCCUUCAACAGCAACCGUGUCCCCCUCUAUUCCAGAAAGAAUGUAAUCAAUGCCUUCAGGAACCAUGUGAAGAGCCAGCCCCAGCCAUGUGACGAAACCUUACCUCCAUCUGUGACCCCUGUACCCCCCCUGGUGGAUGGCCUGUCUGGCCCCUCCAGCCCUCAGCCACCCCGCAUGACUGGGGCUCCCCUGGUUAGCACCCCUGAAUCUGGCCCUGCUCUCGCAUCUUACUGCCUCAGGGACACCCUCCCACUGGCUUCAGAGGGGAUGUCUAACGGAGACCUGGGCAUUGCUGGCAGAGGCAGGAGAGGCAGCUACCGAGGGAUGCGCAGAAGGAGAGAGGACGAGCGGCUCAUGAGGCCCAUCCCUCUGAGUGAGGUUAAGGUUCCACAGCCCAAGUUUGACUUGGCAACCUCCAACUUCCCUCCGUUGCCUGGGUGUGCGGUCAGCAUGCAGGGAGAAGAGCCCGUGCUGGAGACACGCAUGUCUGAUGUGGUGCGGGGUGUUAAGGUGGUGACCAGUGACAAAUCAACUGUCCUAUCUCAUGUCCAGCCUGAGGUGAAUAAGGAGGCUGUGGCCCCUCCUGUUAGUACCCAGGAAGAAACUGUGAGCGUGCCCUGUCCUGUCAUGCCAGCCCUCAAACCCCCCACCCCUCUAGUUGUGGAGCCCCCUGUUCCAAGUGUUGCUCACCCGGUGGAGAAGCCUGAGCCUCAUGUCCAAAGGGAGGCUGCUCCAACCCCCACACCACCCUCUUCUUUGCCAACCCCAUCACAGCCUGCCGCUGCUACCAAACCCACCCCUAUCCCCACCAGCAGUCAGUCCAUCUCCACAACACCAGUCCCCGCUGCCCCCACUACUGCACCGGAGCCAAGGAAGCUGAGCUAUGCUGAGAUGUGCAAGCGGCCAGCCACCCAGCUCCCAGCCCCAAGCACCUCCCCCAACCCUCCCAUCACCUCUGCCAGCCAACCCCUGCAGGAGCUUCGUGUCAACAAGGCUGAUGAGCCUGCAGCCUCCAGCAGCAGCAAUGGUGAUAGGCCAGAGAAACCUGAGGGGUCUGGAGAAGGCCGGCCCCUUCGUGACCCCCUGGGCUCAUACCGUGGGGGUAACGGCCCUGCCCUAUCCGGAGGGAUGGGUCUAAAGUACCGGGAUCAGCAGCGGGGUGCCUCCAUGAGACGACGGAUCUCCCCCCACGGCUGGGCUAGACGGAGUGGGAAGGAACAGAACAUUCCACCCCGGUCGCCGAAGUAGUUUAAACCACAACCAACAGACUAACAGGAAAACAAACAGAUCUAUAUAUGUAAAGACAGAAAUAUAUGAAUAUAUAUUAUUGGAUGAAAGAACAUGUGCGUUCCGAAUCUAGAAGACCCUCCUGGAGCUCAGUCGGACACACACUGACCUUUGUUUGGGGAAACACUGAAAGCGGUAAUCAUUUUAAGUGGGGGUGAACAUGAGUCACAAAACACAAACUGAAAGACUUGUUUGAAAGAACAGUGAGAUGCUGACAUGUGGCCUCACCUUGGUUAGCUUGAAGAAUGGGCCCUCCGCUAAAUCUAUGAAUUUUAUUUUUAUGUGAAAGUGGGGUUUGAGGGAGGGGGGACAAAUGUAUGGUAAGUAAAGCCUUGUAUCUCAAAAAUACCAGUAGUUGCAAAAUAAGAAACAACAGUUGAACUGUUAGCAAAUCUAGUUUAUAUGCAACAAAGCAAAAGAUGUGGAUAUCCACCGAUAUGACAACUUUGCUUUGAUACUACUUCGUUAUAAAAAAUGAAUUUGAGGGAGGGGUUAGUAAGGUAUUGUUCAUUAACUGUGUGGAAGUUUGCUUUUAUGACGGUUGGAAGCAGACGAUGGCCACAUGGUUCAGGAGUUGUUCUGAGAGUUGGGAAGCCUGUCAAGUCAAGCUGCACAUUCAUUUAGGUGAAGAAACCAUCUUAGACAUGUCUGCUUUUAGUCUGGAAUAUAUUUUUUUUAACUAGUGCGGACAUGUGAAUUAAAAUCGAUGCAUUUCUUUUCAUGGUUGACGGAAGAUUUUGGUACACCCUUGCAUAAGUACAGCAUUGAAAACUUUACAAUAAUAGUGCAUGAAUACUUGAGCAGUGCAAAUUUGAGGUGUUUGUAUAGUGAGACUGAUGUAACUGAAUUGUUAUAUUUUUUAUCUUAAUUUACUCUCUUCCAUACAGAUUGUUAAAUGUUUGGCUGUGUAUGUCAUGGGUAAAGGCUCAUAGGAGUAGUCUUCCCUUAGUUUAGGUGUUCCGUUAUUGAGACACUCGCAUCCUAGACACUAACGGUGUAUGUAACUGGCUGGCGUUUCAUGAAUUCUACAGUGUUGUACAUAGCCAUUUAAGAAUUAUAUAUUUUUGUUUUGGCUUGCAUAGAAGCUGUACCUAUUGUAUUAAUCUUUACAAUUGUAUUCCCCAACCUAUGUGGUCAAAUGCAGGUUCAGCAUUGAUAUAUACCUUGAAAAUCAAAUAGAAACCCUUCCACCCCAGAUAUCUGGUCAGUUCAAUAUGCUCUAUUACCAUAUCUGUGCAACAGGCUCCGGGGAGGCUAUCAAGCAUUUUGGUUGGUUGUAUCAUGUAGAGUAGGCUAGAUGGUAUUUCAGAGUAGUAAUGGCAGAUUUAGUGCAAUGGUUUCCCAAGCAUGAAACUGGUCUCUGGCAUUCGACGUAUUCCAACUUGCUCAUUUAAAAUCGCAAAAAUGGGCCUGAAUUCUGAAGCAAGUGAACACUCAAUUCUCAUGUUCUCUUAAGGCCGUGUCUAGACUUAAUAGUUCAUUCUGUUUUAGUAUUCUGAUCAUAGUCCUAAUCAUGGAUUUCUGAACGCGUCAUGCAUCUACAUGUUAAAUGUCUGGUUCAUGCCCUUUUCCCGCGCAAUAUUACCUAGGUAAAGUAUGACAACACAACUGAUAGCGUUGCUUGGUAGCGACAGCCAAGGGGAUUGCAAACGGGUUAACGACACUAGCCAAACAUUUGUUUUUCUAAAUAUUAGCUAGCUGGCUAGCAUUUGAGUCCAGAAAACACGCUCCUAGCGUAUGAGGAACGUAUUUCCUCAAGUUAAAAUGAAAUGGUGCCUCGGUCCCAAAACAAGUUUUCUGGAGAUGUUUGGGUAGAGUGCUGAUGACGUCGGUCGCUGAUUGCGCCAGGAUUAAAUGGUUAUUUCACUUUUUGGUUCUUAGAGUUGAAUAUUUUAAUGCAUAUCCAAUUAUGUUUGAGUUCUGUACAUGUCCAUUGAUUGCUAAAAGGAAACUUUAGAGCAUUUGUCGUUCACAUGUUAAUGGUGGGUCGCGACAUGUCACUUAUUUGUAUUUUAUUUUGUAAAACAUCUUAGGAACUUGGGUGGUCUCAAGUUACUGUUUAGAGUUAGAAUAGUAGAUUACAAAAGGUACAGUUUAGACAUGGUUGUGCAUAAGCAGUUUUCCCCUUGUCAGUCACUCUUAGCCAUGUCAACCAACUUUUUAGAUUGGUAAAUUAGUCUAGCCGGCUAUCUAAACUUGUAUUAGCACGGGCGAAACCCACCAGGCACGCAGGGCACUGAGGUUAAUCACUCUCACUUGGAUCUCAUGUUAUCAUGGCAUAAAGUCAUUGCACAAUGUGUAGAAUUAGUCUAGCAGGAAAUUGGCUAUAACACUGCACAGAUUCCUCUCCAUUCCAUGGCAGUAUGUUUUAUACAUUUGCAAAAUUCUCUCUGCCCCAUGGCAAAAGGUGUAGAAUUUAGGAAAUGUAAUUUAAACUAAAUUAUUUCUCUCUGCUGUCUGGGGGGGGGCAGGCAUUCUCACCUAACCAAAUUAUGCUUAGGGCCCCCAAAAGGGUGCAUCUUUUCAUGAGUGUGAGAAAAACACAAUCUAAUUUGGGUCGCAGGCUGAAAAACUUUAAGAACCCCUGCUUUAGUGAUGUCUUAAAUAUAAAUGUUAGAGUUGACUAGAUGUGGGGGGCAUCAAUCUUAAUAUCUGUUCUCUCUAUGCUCUUACAAACUCUUAAUUCAGCCUUUUGUGUAUGAAUGGAUUGAACAUCCGGACCAAAGUCGAGCAAGCAAAAAAGACAAUUUUGGGAACUUGCUCAAAUCUGUGUGGGAAGUGGAGAUCAAAUGUUGCUGAAACAGGAUUGGCCAGUCAUGGCUUGGUGAAUGUAGGCCUGUUUGAGAGAAGGCCACUUUUCAUAAGUGGUCUGAAUGUUCUUGUACCAAUUUUGCACCUAGCAGGCUAGUCUUUAGUCUGGUUUGUGUUAGAUGACUGUUGCGAUUUUCAUUUUUUCUCUUUAUGAUCUGUAUUAGUGAGCAUAUUUAGAUUAAAUGUUUUGAGAGUUAUGCAGUUUGACUUUUUUUAAAUGUAUUGUAAGUAAUGUCGCUAUUUUUUUUAAAUAUUUUUUUGAUUAAUUUAAAAAAAAAAAUUGCUUUUUUUGUUCCCCUAAAAUGUUUUGAUGUAAUAGUUGAGUAUACAAUAUCUGAUUUGAGAAUUCAGUGCAUUGCCUGGGUGCUAGCAGUGCAGUAACAUGUUAUCUAUGUAAUCACUGGGCCUGUUGUGAUUUUUAUUUUUACAUCCAUUUAAUGGCUAAACUAUGAGCAGGUAGUGGUGUUGUGGAAUGAAAUGCACUAACUUUUGUUUUAAAAUCUCCCAUGCUGUGUGAAAUCAUUUUAGAUGUCUAAAGAAAAGGUGAUUUUAGCAGGCUUCCUGAAGUUAUUACAGGAAUGGGGGUUAAUUUCUAUUUUUACUGUUUUUGAUUGUUCUAGCAUUUCUCUACUGGGACAAAUGUGUUUUUAGGGGGUGCAGGUGGGACAUAGUAACAGAUAAGUGGGGUGUGAGACACUGAUUUAGUAGAUGUCUGAACAAAAGUUAAAGAAAAUAAAGUACAUGUUUUGGCCUUUUUGAUAUAGUGUUUCUGUGCUUGCAAUGAUUUUCGCUGUCUGUGUAUUUUAAAUGUUUGUGCUGUGCUCAGUAGUUCUGUGGUCUUGUACCGGGCGUCUGUGUUAAGAUGUUUCAGGGUGCGUGUAUGACUCUUCACCAGUACUACUUUGACAGUCCCCAAAAAUAUUUUUCAGGCCUAACUAAAAUUCCAGUGCCUUCUCAGUGUUGAGGUUUUCCUUCUCUGCAAAGUAAAAGUAACAUGAACACUUUUUAAUUUGGAGCAAGGCAGGUUUGUUGGUUUAGUGGAAAGACAAAAAUACAUGGCUCAUACUCAGAAUUUAUACGUUAUUAAACUUGUGUGUAUGCUGUGUCACAAAUAGAAAUGUAAGCGGCUCGCAUGCCAAUGCUGAAAUUGUAAUACGCUGCUUCAACAUAACAGCUCUUUUUGAAAACCAGUGAAAAGGUGAAGCAAGUCGACUGGUGUGAGCAGGAAUAUAUACAUACUGUUUUACUGUCGUAAAUGUGUCAUUGCAAACAUGUACGAGAAUAAACAUUUUAAACACUG